AUGGCCGACGAAGACGCCGCCGACGCGCCGCCGCCGCCGCCCGAAACGGGGGGCCGCGGCCAGCAGGUCUCGAGCCUCGUGAGCGCGAUGCAGUCCGGCGAGAUUUCGAAAGCGGAGCUCUUCGCGAGCCUGAGCGAACUCAAGCGGACGCCGCGGUCGCCUAGAGCUGGCGCGGGUGACGUCCAGCGGUUGGUGGGUGCCAUGCGCGCGGGAAAACUCACGAAGCGCGAGCUCAUGGCCUCUUUAGCGCAAAUGAAGGAGGCCCAGGAGCCCGUGGAGCCGCCACCGCCGCCCCAGCCCGACUCUCGCGAUGAAAGUUUAUCUGGAGAGCUCAGAGAAGCUGAGAUGUGGGCGGAGCUGCGGCGGGACACGUCGUCCCAAAAACCCGAAUCUAUUUCUGUGGAGGAGGAAGUGACGUCGCCGGCCCUAUCUUCCGCACGACGCGUCCGCCAGCCCUCGCCGAAAAAGCCGCCGCCGCCGCGGCCGAAGGUGAAGCCAAAUACGCGGCAGCCCUACAUGGAAAGUACUCGCCAAUUACGGCCUCGGGCUACUAGAGAUGACGACUGCACCUUCCGGCCGCGCGUGAAGAAGCUGCCUAGGAAGCUGUAUCCGGACGCCGAUCGGUAUUCGCGGCGGCGGGACGACAGAGACUUUCUCACGAGAACGCAGCGCUGGGCGUCGGAGCGGGACGAGCAUGUGCGCCGGAAGAGUGAAAGGAACGCGGAAAGGGAGUUAGAUGAAUGCACCUUUCAACCUAGGAUUUCCGCGAACAGUAGAAGGUCCGCGGCGGUCACAAGGUCCGGAGCCGCGACUCCAGCUAGGCUGUACGACGAGGAGAAACAAAGGCAGCUCGAACGAGACACGAAGCGAGAAAUGAUACUGAGGAAGCGCGACGAGGACUUCGACCAGCGCCACCCGUUCCAGCCGUCGAUGGCGCGGCCUCGGCGUCCAUCGAAUAACUGACGUGGUCGCGUCGAUGGCGUAUGAGCCGCGACACGCCAUCGACGCGAGCGCAUCGAUCCCGCGCAGGCCACGAACGCGGACGUCGCGCCGCGCUACCGCUCGGCCCGCAAGGCGAGGCACGACGAAGAGCUGCCGCCGCAUUGUACCUUCCAGCCGAACGUGCGCGGUCCUAGCGACGGGAUGCAAAAUGCGUCCACUUACCUGUCCUGCGACGUCUUCGAGCGCCUGGCCGUGAACCUGCCGGCUCGGGAUGCUCCACAAAUUGAGGCCGAGCCCUCGGAACAGAUCGUGCCCCAGACCAAGGCCGCGACGCCCAAACAAGUGGAAGCGUUCCUGGCUCGCCAGAAAGCAUGCGACGCGAAACGGGAAAAGAAGGUUAGUAGGGUCGCCGACGAACUGAAGCCGUCGUUCCAGCCCUCGGUGAAGGGUCGCAAGUCGUCGGGUGGCGAUGGCUUCAUGGAACGACUCGCGGUUGCCGCGCGUCGACGGGAGCGACGAGAGUUGGAAGCUGCAGAGAGAGGCGCUAGAGGCGGUGAUGAAGAAAAUCUAGAAUGCACGUUCACGCCCGAAAUUUCCAAGAGGGCCAAGGCCGUCGAACGGCCUCGGCGGUCCUGCGCCGAACUUUCUGCGGGAGACGCUCUCCGGAAGGAGACCACUCGUAGAUUGUUGAUGCUCAGGAGAGAAAGAGAAGAACGGGCCAAGCACAACUUCCAGCCGAAAUUUGCCACGUCGACGACAGUAGAAUCAAAGCUUAAAAUCACGAGCGACCCGACGACCUACUUAGAACGCCUCAAGGAGGACGCUGAUAGAAGAGAAGCCGCCCUGCAGGCGAAGCGCGAUAACCGAGGAGACGACGAGGACGCCGAGCUCACCUUCCAGCCGAAGCUGACGAAGUGCCCGGCAUACGUCACGCGGAUCGCACGCGGGUUGGCGCUGACGGGGCGUUCCACAAAGAAGGUCGAGGCGCCGUCCAAGCCCGACUUCCGGUUUUGA